AUGGUGUUACCUCCCACCCUGUGGCUCCUGUCUUUCUGUCUUCUGUCCUGCUGUUCUGAUGCCAGGUCACUAGGUCUUCAGGAUCUACAAUCAAAAUUAUGGCGACAAACUUUUGUGCUCUUGUUUCAGAAAGGAGAAACAUUAAGUAUGAAUGACAUUGAAAUAAUGUUUCAAAUGGAGAAACCUGGAGUUCAUGUUCUUCCUGUAGAGACUGAGAAGUUUGUCAAGGAGGAUGUGGAGAACAAGGUCUUGUACAUCAGCACACAAGCAUGUGAGAUUCUUGCUAAGGAACCUGAGUUGUGGCAUAGGAAAAUUCUUCAAUUCUCUGAAUUACUCCAGUUAUUGUAA